UAUCGCCCAAUUUAUUAAACAAAAUUCUAAAAAAUUAAUGUAAAUUAUAUUAAAUAAGUCACAAAUAACAUAAAAACAUUCCAAAAAUUUUAAUAAAACAACUAAAAUGCUGCUUAACUAAACAAACAGUUAAAAUAGAACAAAAGAAAUAACAAACUAAUAAAAAAUCAUGAAUCAAAUUUCUACAAGUAGUAGUGAAACUAAACCCCCACUAGCAAGUACUUUGUCAUACUCUGCGGGCUCUAGUAAUGCAUCGAAUGAAGUCAUAGAAACAACAAAUGAAUUGAGUACGCUGCAGUGUAAACCAUAUUUGCAAAUGCAACAGCAGCAAGAACAACAGCUUAGACAGUUGCACCCUGCUCAUCAUUUUGGCUUUGCCAACAUACCCCAGCUGAGGCAAAAUUCAUGGAUGGAAGUUGAUGGCUAUAGAGACGUAGGCUUGGAGGUGGGCUCAAAUGCCACCAUUAGCUAUGGAGAGAUCUUUUCAACAGCAAUUUCCAUUAUAUUCCGUGCAAUAACUGUGUGUAUUAAUGUUAAAUUAGCUGUUAAUUAUUAUAAUCAAGGACAUCAAGAUUACUUUAUAUGGACCGUGAUAUGCAUAGUGACUCCCAUGUUUAUAACAAUACUAAUACAUGCAAAUAUGUGUUAUCAAGAUGGUAAAUUUAAUGGGGGAUUUUGUAAAAUUUUACAAACACUUUGUUUGGUUUUAAUAUCCUCCUUUUUGUUCCGUUAUUGGAACUCAUUGUUGUAUGCGAUCAAGUGUAAAAGAGCUGAAAUAAUGGGCGAUAAAGAAGAGAAAUUAAAAAACUACAAGCUAAAUAUACGUGAAGAAAGUGAUGUAGCAUUUAUACGACUAUUUGAAUGUUUUCUGGAGGCAGCACCACAGAAAAUCCUACAAAUAUCAAUAGUUUUAGCCCACAUUGAUAAAAUGACAAAUUUACAAAUUAUAGCCAUUACAUCAUAUUUUGGCAGCAUGGCCUGGUGUCUAUCGGUUUAUCAUCGUUAUAAUCGUUAUUCACAAAGUGAUAAAUACAAUAUAAGUACAAAUGGUGUAAUUUUACAAUUAUGUUGGCAUUUUUGUAUAUCAGUUUCUCGUACUCUUUGUAUUGCUUUUGUAGCCAGUAUAUUUCCCUUGUGGCUGUUAAUCGCUUGCUUAGUUCAUGCUUUGUUAUUUGGUUUUGUCACCUUCAUUGUAGAUCGUCCCAAAUUUGCUCGCAACUCCUUUUGUAAUUUCCUAUUCUGUUUGGUGUUGGGUGUGGUUUAUAUUUUCACUUACAUUUCUGUACGUGAUGCUCCCACUCGCUAUAAAUAUCUUAUAUAUUAUAUAUUUUGUUCUCUAGAGAAUAUUAUUUGUGUUUUAUUAUUUAUUUUCUAUGCUAACAAUGAUCUACGAUCACUGGCCAUUUUGUUUUAUCCUUUAUGUGCCAUGGCUUUAGCCUUCUACUAUGUGGGCAUUUUAUUUAUGGUCAUUUAUUAUUUGUAUUUUCAUCCGCGUAUCACGGCCAGAAAUUCGAAACGUAUUAUUAAUAAUAAUUGAAUGAAUUCCAAAGUUAUUUAAAUAUAGUUUAUGUUAACCUAACAUAGCAAUUAAUUACCUACCUACUACCUACACACAAAAUACAUGUAUCACAAAUUUACUCAUUUAAGUUAAAAUAGAUGUAUGGAUAUUUUUUUAAUAUUUAAUAUUUUCAGAGCAAGCAAUCAAAACUAAUUUAUUUUUGUGAAUUAUUUAUAAUAAAUGCAAUAUUUUGUAUUACAAUAA